AUAUUUACUUUUACGAAAUUUAAAACAAAAAAUCGAAAAAUGAUACCGAAAGAAUUAAUCAGUGGCUUUUAAAACCGCAAUAUAUAUUUGUAAUAUUAAAGAUACAUCGAUUAAAUUUCAUUUAGAAAGUGAUAGGACUAAGAAAGUAAUAUUUCCAGUUGUGUACUUGUCAACCUUGUUUGCGGUAGCCUCGUUGUUAUGGCGGUAUAAAGAAUUUUUCAGGUUACAUACAAACAGGUGUACAAUGGAAAACAGAAUGAUUAUUCACUUAUUUGCUUGAAUUAAUUAUUGUUGAUCGAGUGCUAUAACCAUUAAUACCGAUCCAUAAUUUUAAAUAGAUUUUAAGCCAUCAAUGUUAACGAUAUACAGUGCAUCCAAAUUUUGUAUGUGAUAGAGUUAGCUUGACAUAAUGAUUGUCAAGAGGAUAUUAUUAUUAGGAUUUGCAGUAACCAUCAUCAUAAAUGUGCAUAGUUCAGCUGAUGAGGGUACAAACACAAAUGCAAAAUGUCAAUUUGGUAAAACCCUGCGAAAGCAGGUAAAUGCAGAACCACUUAAUGGGACUUGUUUGCGAGACAUCGUGAUUCGAUUGUCGAAUGAAUUUCGGUCAAUUACUGAAGCAGAACUUGGUUUGAAGCCGUUCCAGAAGAUGCUUGGUGAAAUAGAGUUUAUGAAUGUCUCAAGUAGUUUGAACAUGAAAUUGAAUUUAUUUGUGGAUAAAUUAAAUAACAAACUAUUAUCUUAUGCAAAAGUUUUAAAACAGAGCUAUAACAUUAUACAACCGAUCUUAGCAAAAAAUGAAAAUCUAUUUGAAUAUUCUGAAUCUACAAAUGGAUUAGAUUUAGUAUCAAAUGGAUUGGCUGAUUUUUGUUCACAAAUUGCACAAGAAUUGGCAAUCCAUUUGAGAAAUCAAGAAUGGAAAAAUCUACAUCUCUUGCCUUUUAAGUAUCCAGUUACUAUGUGUGGUCCACCUAGUGCAGGACAUAAUAUUGGACCUCUUUUAUUAUCUCAGUAUUGUCCAAAAAAGAAUGUAUUACUGUUGAUUGAACAUGCUAUGUUUAUGUCUGAAGGAGAUAUUACUCUAGCUCAAAUAACUGCAGAGACAAUAAUUGAUAUGUUGUCUUAUACAGAUCAUGUUAAUGUUAUUGGUCUUUCUAAUAAUAGUUCUAUUCAUUGCAAAGAUGGUUUAUUGAAAGCUACAGAUGUUAAUAAAUUUCAACUAUCACGUUAUAUUCACAGUUUAAAUAGAAUAGAAACAAAUGAUACAAUAGAAUUUGAUUUUAAUAAAUUACUACAACAUGUAAAAGGAGAAAUAGUUUUUAUACAUUUAACUAAUACACUUAAACUUACAUCUCAUUUACGAAAUAAAAACAUGAUUUCUACAGAAAAAGUAAAUGGCUACAUAAAAACAAUAUUAAUUCUUUCAGAUCAAGAAUCACAUUCAAAUAUUAAAAAUUACAAUGAUAUUGUAAUUCUUCCUACACAAAAUAUAUUGGGCUUUGAAGUAUCAAAAUUAUUUUCUGACUUGAAAUGUUCUGAGGAUCAUAAAAAAGAUUAUUAUUUAUCUGAUCCAUAUUUUGAUUUAUACAGUAAAACUAUGACUUUAUCUAUUGGACAUAUUACAAACAAAGCAUUAAUAUCUUUAGAUAUUAAAUUACGAAAUUUUCUUGAUGAUAUAACAUAUUUUAAUGCUGGUGCACAUGUAUAUGCUGUACUAUUUGAUAACAAAGGUAUAGUUUGGAUUAAUAAAGAUUUCCCAAGAAUGGAAACAAUAAUAGAUCAACCGCUUAGAGUUCAUUUACAUCAUAUAGAAAAUAUUAGUUAUGAAACUGUAAAAAUAAUGAUCGAAGAAUACGAAGGUGUUAUAAACGUUAAAACACAAUUAGGCAAACAGAAAUGGUAUCGGUGGAAACAUUUAACAUAUACGGAUUUAAUAGUAUGCUUAAUAUCAGCAACUAAUGAAAGCACAUUACCUAUUGCAAAAUUAGUACCAACAUUGUCAAUGAAUAUUUUACAUCAUCGUCUCGAUCUUUUAAUGCAUAGCUUUGCCGAUAAAGAGAUUCUUUGUACUUAUCAUAAUAAACUUUUAUCUUUAUCAAUGGGAGUAGUCUAUCUUUCUCCAUGGUGCUUUCAAUCUCCAACAGAACAACUUAAAUUAUUAGAAACUGGAACUGCUGUAACAAUGCAAAGUUAUAUGGCAUAUUUGAAAGAUUUAACAGGCUUAUUAGCUAAUCCUGGUCUACAUCAAUCUGUUAGACCAGAUGUAGCUAUGUUGACUCAAAUGUUGGCUUAUUUUAAAAUUAGACAUAUAGAAAGUGCUUUAAAUAAAUUUAUCAUAAGAAGAUAUAUCAUGGGAGUUGUGAGUGGAGUAUUAGAGAUAUAUCCAGGAAUUAUGCUUGAUUCUGGUUUUGAUCCUAAAAGAAGAAUAUGGUAUGGAAAAGCAUUAGAGCAUCCUGGAAAGUUAGUUUUUACAUCUCCUUACUUGGGUGCUGGUGGUUCUGGAUAUAUUGUUACUUUAAGUCACACGAUUCAUCGUAAUUCGGAAUCAAUUAUUAAAGAUGAUGCAAUUGCAGUUGUAUCUAUGGAUGUAACUUUAGGUUUUAUUUCAAGAUUUUUGAAAGAAAUGUUUCCAUUUUGUAAUAAUUUGACGGUAAAAUGUUUUCUAAUGGAUGAUAAAGGAUAUUUAGUAUCACAUCCAGCAUUAUUAGAACCGACCGGUAAAAUCGAACAACAACAUUUAACUCAUAAGGAAUUGUUGGUUGCAAAUGAUAUAUUAAAUCAUGAGCUAUUUGUGAAGAAAAAAGCUUGCAUAAAUUAUUUAGAUGGUACUGUACAAAGAUAUUAUCAGUUUAAUACGUCACUUGAUGAAGUUCUUACAAAUAUAGUUCAUGGUGAACAUUGUGUCAAAUAUCAAGUAUCAGCUAUACCAGGAACUAAUGUAUUUUUAGGAAUAGUUAAUGUGACUUGUAAUUUAUUAAGAGCUUUUUGUCCAUGUAGUACAAUGGAUCGUUCGUGUUUAAAUUGUAAAAGAAUGGAACAAACUGAAUGUGAAUGUCCUUGUGAAUGUGCUCUAUAUUAUUCUAAUUGCGCAGAAUAUACUAUAAAUGAAAUAAAUCUCGAACCUUGUCCAGCACCAUAUGAACAAGGAGGAAAUUCACAGAUGUCUUGGAUACAAUCUACAAAUUUAAAAACGUGCCCAUCAAUUGAUUGUAAGAUAUUCAAAAUGGAAAAUGAUUGUUUAGGAGUUGUAGGUUGCCAAUGGUGUCACAUAGACAAUGAUGGAGAAACGCCAUUGCAAGUACCGUUUUGUAGCGAUAUGUCUGUAUGUUUUAGAGGCAUUCUUGGAUCUUUUAUGCCACUUAGUGAUGGUACUUAUAAUUCUCAAUCAACAGAAGAAAUUACAAUACGUGAAUGGCCAUCAGUUGGACCUGUAGCUGGUGGAAUAUUAGCAUUUCUUUUAAUAUUAGGGUUAAUGCUAUUUUGUUAUAGACUUCGAUCUGUUCAGUCUGGUUUAGAACAUCAGUGUUUACAUAUACAUACUUCACCUGAUAUGUUACGUAUGACUCACUUAGAAGGUGAUGCAGAACCUAUGGAAUUGGAACAAACAAAAAACAAUUUAGAUUCUCUUAUAAGAGAUGGCAUAGAACCUAUAUCACCAUAUAGGGUUUCUUCAAAUUAUAGGAAACCACCUGGGGGUGAUAGUGAUCAUGGAUAUAGUACUAUGACACCUCAUGAUGAUUCUGAACAACAAACAUUUGCUGAACCAUUACUAGUAGUUGGUAGUAACACUGAACCUGAUUUAAGAAGACAAUCUAUUUGUCUUCCUUCUCCAAUAACCCAUUUAGGGUCUCCUCAUCAUGUUUUAGCACCAGUUACCGUUCAUUGUAACAUGGAAGCAAAUUUUUGUUGAUUAGAAUAAGCAAUUGUCAAGAAAUUUUUCAUAUCAUUUCUCAAAAACAGAAAAAAUUCAAUUUGAUAAAAUUGAUGUAAAAUAUAAUAUAAAAAGUAAAUUUUAAUUUUCUAAAAAUUUUAAAGAAUUUUUUUAAAUAUUAAAAUUAUACUUUAAAUAUGAGUGUUUCAGAAAUGGAUGGUAUAAGUAGACAAGUGAGUGAUUUUGAAACACUUUAUAGUGAUAUAGACUUAUAGUCUGUUAGUAUUAUUUUUAAUUAAUACUUUAAGAAUUAAUAUUAUUAAUUCAUUAAAAAAAAAUACUUAAUUAUAAAUAAUGAAAUCAAAUAUGAUUACUGACUCUGACAUUACCGCAAUGGUAAUGUUUUGAUACUGUUUUUUUACAUUUUUAUAGUUAAAAACAAUAUAACAAAUGUAAAUGUGUUCGUAUUACUUAAAAUAAUCAUAUAUUUUUUUAAAAAAAUUGAAAACAAAUUGUGCAAUUUAGAUAUCAUAUAUUAUUAAUACAUAUAGUAAAUAUAUAAUAUAUAUGUAUUUUAACUUAAAUAUGAUACCUUAUUCUAUAAUUUGUUUUCAUUAUAUAUUUUUUACAAAAAAAAAAUUGACUUUGUGUAUUGUGUAAUGUAAGCUACAUAAUUUAAGAUUUUUAAUAGAAUUUAUUGAAUAA